AUAAAAUCAUUUCUUCGUAUUUAUCAACCUCACAAAUCAAGUCUUCUAGCUAGGAUCAAGUCUGUUAGCCGUAAAAUCCAUGGCUUCCACGUUCUCACCACUGCCGCUCAGAACUCUCUCUCUCCACCGCAUGCGCAAUGCACACCCCACCAUCUGCGAGGCGCUCACCAGUCCUAAACCUGCGCCGAUUUCCUUCCCCGGCCGAAGACAUCUUCUCUUCAUGCUAGCGUCAGCACCAGCACUGGCCUUAAGAGAACCAUCUUCACUGGCGCAGGACAUUCCUUUGUUUGGGCUGAGGAAGAAGCUGAAGAGGGCGGAGGAGGAAGCUGAGGAGCUGGUGAAGGAAGGGUUUGAGACGGCGGAGAAGGGGUUGGAGACAGCGGGGAAAGGGAUCGUGACGGUUGAGAGAGGGAUUGAGACAGCAGAGAAAGAGAUUGUGACGGCAGAGAAGGAGAUUGAGGAAGCGGUGAGCUUUGGUGGGCUAGCGCAGGCUGGUGCGGUGGCUGGAGCGGAGGCUGUUGGGGUCUUGGUUGCUACUGCCAUUGUUAAUGGGAUUUUGGGGCCUGAGGGUUCUAAAUCAUAAGUAAGAGGAUUAGCCGAUUAAUUAUAGUUGAUUGUGUUUAUUUUGAUAAUUUAUGGCAAUCCCAUUUCGUAUUUCCUUGCUCUUAACGAGUUAUAUUAAUAAAUCAUUAACAAAUUGAAUGUA